AUGGUAUACGAAAAGUGUUGUGUUGGUGGUUGCAAUACAACACGUGAAACGCACCGGCUUUUCAGAUUCCCUAGGAACGAUAAUUUAAGGAACUUGUGGAUGGCUUUCAUAGUGCCGACAAAUCCCCAGCUCAUUGUACUUUCCAAAGAACAGUUACUUAACAAACAGCACCUGCCUCCCGUUCCUGUACACCCGUCCUUGCUUACUGACAAUGAAAUAGCUCAUGGUGUGCCUCUGACUGCAACUGGAUGGGAUGUCACAACUGAACAUAAUUACUGUAAAGAGCAAAAUGAAGAUGAUUUCACAGAAGCUGUGUUAGUGGUUAGAAAGCCUGGAAGUGAUGUUACGAUUGAACACAAUUACUACAAAGAGCAAAAUGAUUGUUCCAAAUCAUCGGUAGAGAUUGGAUCGUCAGAUGUUGGAAAUUCUCAUGAACAGCCUUCAUGUUCAAAUUUUUCAACUGUUGCAACAGUUGUUGAAAAUAAAGGUAUGGGAAAUUGUAUUGGACAUAAUUUUUUAUACAUUUAUGUAGGGAUCAAAUUAAAAGAAGUACUUAUAUAUCGGAAACAGAAAUCUAAUGCUGAUGUGGUGAGACAAAUGUUGACAGAAGAUACAAAAUGUACACAUUGGCAAAAAGGUUACGUGGUGUAG